UCUGACCUGACGAUGAACUCCUCCACGUCUAUAUAUAAAACCACCACUGUCUUUUCAGUAUUGCUUUCUCUCUUCUCCUCUCUUCGUUGUGAUAGUAGUAUUUAUACCUGAAGUCAGAUUCAGAGAUUUUUCUGGAGACUAGAUUCAGAGUUCAGAGGUUGGUAGGUAGUUUAGGUAGUAGGUUUGUUAGUUAUGCAGCAGCUGAACUGGGUCAGCCUGUUGCUCUUGCUGUUCUUCAUGGUUGCUGCACUCAGCUCCUUCGUUGCCACUGCACACAGAGAGCUGCCAAUGGCAAGAAAAGUCGAUGAAAUUGGAGACCAUCUUCAGGCCAAGCUGGAUAAUCAAGCUAGCUCUGUCAGUGUAACCAGAGCAACGGCGAAGGCUGAACAUGAUCAUCAGGAGGCUGUCAUGAGGAAAUGCAAGAACGGGAGGAAGAACUGCAAGAAUUUCAGAACAAGAAAGCUUCCUGCAGAUGCAGAUGGCAAGAUCCAUUUCGAUGGCCACAUGCCAUUCACUGCAGAUUACCACUCAGUUCGUCGGCAUCCUCCCAGUCACAACUAGGAGUUAAUCUUAACACUACUAGUACCAGCUAGUUGCUUUGCUUAGAAAUAUAUAUACAGUAAUUAAGUAGCCUAAUUUAAUCAGUAGUGACAGUCCAUAUAGCUAAGCUGUAGUAUCAAUUCUUCUUUCCUUUCGUCCUCGGAUGGUCAUCACUGUCAGGCUCUCAGCUUCCAGUUAGCAUUGCAUGGCUUUGCUCUUUGCUUUGCUGACAUUUUUGUUAGUUAGCAAGAGUAGCUCACAGUGAUGGCAUGUCACCACCCUUGAUGUUCCCUAAUUUAAGCUGUUAAUCCAUCAAAGUUAAAAAAGAUGUA